AUGGAGACCCUGAGACCGUGGAUUGUGCUGGUUGUUGAAGCUGCGUUGUGUUUGUGCCUGGGACAGCCGCUGCCGGACAAAUUGCCAUUGCGGAACCCAUUGCAACUGGUGGAAGAUGAUAACAAAGUUCGAGUUCGUGUGAAGGAUCGGAAAAUUGUGCAAGUGGCUCAGUGGUCUCCACCUUCACAGUCAAUUCAGGGUACUUUAUCCGACUCUCUCACCACCAUCUUGGGAAUCUUCUCCAAAGAAUCUACGCAGAGAUAUCAAAUUAAAGCAAGGAAACCACUUAACAGUGGUACAAAGGGAGCGAUAUUAAAGAUUGUUGAAUUCGAGGUUGUUAUCAGCUAUGUUAGAGCUCAGACACCUCAGAUUGCCUUGUAUGUUCUGGAUUUUCAGGUGGAGGGAUGCGAGGGAGCUAGUGUUUUUGGUACCCCCGUAGACAUAUUGGGGCAACCAACGAUAUCUAGUUUGCUCAGGGACUUUUGCCGACAGCACAAAGGCCAACAGAAUGGUGUUGCUCCCCCGAAUGGCGAUGGGCAUGAAAUGGAUGUUGACGGUGGUUUGGAUUCAGAUUCAGAAGCAUCGUCUCUGAGGUCCCAAUCUUGUGCCGCAAGCGUGUCUCCAGUUUCCCAACAGCAGUUUCAGUCGCAGAUUUCAAACGGUCGGCGGAUCGAAAAUCUCCAAGCAGUCACCCUUGUUGGGGUGGGUUCUGCACCUAAGACGGAUGCUACAUCACUACUUUCUGCUCUCAUGCCGAAAAAAAGACAAGGGAACCAUAACAAGGUCCCUUCAGCUACGGAGUCACCUAGAAGGAACACAAAACCUCCUAGGCCACCCUCCAGCGAACUAGACUUGGAAAUAGAUCAGUUAGGUUUUGCGACCCAGCUGAUCCCGUCAACCGAGAAGGAGGCCUCAAGUAACGAGAAAUUAGACCGCAGUAGUGAUGCUUGCGUGGAUCUAUUAACACGACCUCCCAGCUUGGCCUCGAGCACUCACAGAUACACAUCCGACGCUAGAUCCCCAAGUAUAUCCCGAAGCCUUGAAAGGGAUAAGGUGGUAUAUGAUGAUCAUAAAGCAGAAGUAGCCAGCACUCAAAUAUCUGCGGGUGAAGAUAUGCCGCCGCCGAAAUGGAGCGAUCUUAUGGUUCGAAAGGGUCACCAGCAAAUACUGAACGGUUCAGAUUCGCAUAUACCGCAAGAAGAACCACGGAUAACCACUAAGAUCUCCACGGAGCUGGACAAUAACCAAAAGACAAGCGUGCAGACCCGUCGAAAUGACCCAUGGAGGCAUAUGGCGCGGAUCCGACGCCGGGAUGUUACAAUUCACAAGGACCAGGAAGAGCUUAUAGAGCAACAAGAGUCUUGGGUCCCUGCGGAACCGGGAAAGCGUCCCCCACAGGCACAUGUCCCGAUAUAUCUCUUACAAGAAUGGAAUGAGAUGCAGCGUCGCAGGUUGUCCAUGGAGAAAAUUAGUGAUGACGCGGCUCCUCCGCCCAUAAAUGAGGACGAAGAUAGCGGGUUUAACAUUCUGAAGUCGUCACAAGCAACCGAAAUGCUGGAUCCGGAAUGGGAUCCAACACCACUACCUUCCUCUUCUCACCUUGUACCGCAAGAUAGUAGUCCACUUCAGAGAUUACCGAGCAUUGGAGAUAGUCGCCUACGUCGGUCAGCCUCCCCUGAUGAUGCUAUUUCUAGCAAUGCGGAAGCUGUGGCUAGUCAAAUUGAGAAAUCGCUAGCAUCUCAACCUGAAAUACCUCCUAAUUCCCAGAAACCACGGGUCUGCGAUCCAGCCACACCCGUAGAGGACGAAGAUGAUAGUUCUGAGAUGGAAACGGCAGCUCCCAAAGGUUUAGGAAAUACAGGCCAAGUUGACGAAGAUCAAGAGGAGGAUGAGAUCUCGGCCUCCUGGCUUUCAUUGCCCCAAUCCAACGAAGCUUUUCUCAUGGAGGUUGAACAAUCUCCAUAUAUCGAGGAGAGAGAACGGGAUAUUGAAGUUAACAGUGAGCCACUCCAAGCUGAUGGCCAGUGCUUUAGUCAAAAAUAUUAUAAGAAAGUGUCCUCAGAUCCGCUCAUUCCUUCAACUUACGAUACCCAACGUCUAAAUAUUCAUCCUGAGACCUCUCCGUCCGCAAGCAGAGAACAUGCACGAAGUCCAAGCCCCGUUGAAUCCUCCGCGUCGACUUCCACGAAGGUAUCUAAUCCUUUAGAACGUGACCCUGUGGAUUAUGAGGAUGAAGAGCCGAUGGCAGGAAAACAACUGAUGUCCGAUUUAGAGGAAUAUACGCAAAACUCCCAGGCGGAAUAUAUGGAUCCAGCAAUCAUUGUUCAUGCAUCUGGGGCUGCUGUUUCUAGUCCAAUUGAUGUUCGUGGAUCUCAGCUGGAAAUAAACUCCACCUCGGUUAUGAUAGGAAAGCGAAAAAGAAGUGAACUCUCCCCAUGGAACAACAAUUCACCUAAACAACCAAGGAUUUUCAAGUCACAGACAUGCACAUCUAGCACCUUUUCAGGGGAGGAAAUGGUAGUAAAGGAUCGAACGGUUGCUUUAGAGUGUCGCGAAUCCUAUUUUGACAAUGAUGAAUUACGGUCGAAAACAGAGGCAGUGUAUUAUCGGUUCAAAAAGGCAUAUUCUAACUAUGCCGGCAACAUUAAUCAUUUCAGGCAGGCAUGUCAUAUGUUACAGGGCCUGCGCGAUCAAAAUAUUUUGACACGUUCAUUUCUCUGGGACGAUUUUGUGGUACAAUAUCCGAGUUAUAUCCUCCAGCACAACGAUCUCAGCCAGUCUUCCUGUCUUGGUUCGUUCGAAAAUUACCUCCAACAAGAAGUCAGCAAACUACGAUGUCGCAAGCGCAUUCUUACUUCCCACGAUCUCGAGUUUGUCCUGGCGGAGCGAGAUGGCGAGGACUUUACUAGCGAAGCCUCGUCCAAGCGGAAUUCCAGUCGACGGCUUUCCAAUUUCAUCCCCUUGGAAAAUGAACAAGGAUCUCUAGCUGCCUUUGACCCGGAAGAUCCCAAAAUAUUGUCGUCGGACGAGGAGAGAAAAGAGCGGGAACCCACCAUUCCCGAAUCAAACCAUGGUGAACUAUUGCACCAACCCGAGAUUGUUUUGAUGACAGAAGACCUUGCCGAAUCAAGUGACGAACUAGAAGCCCACGAAUCUGCCAGCGUGGAACUUGGUGAUACAGACGCACCAUGGCCUCUUUUCAACUCCACAAAUGAAAUUGAUUUUGCAAGUACUGGUAUUGACACUGACGAUGAAGUCAAUACGUCAGAUGAAAUAGCUGAAUCGGUGGACGGAUCCCAUCGUACGGCCGUGGCGCUGGUAGCUGCGGAGCAGGCCCGCAGCAUGUCUUUCGAGACGAGCUCUGACGACGAUAGCUAUAUCCUCGAAAGCUCCUCCUCUAAAUCCAGCCUCCAUGGAUAUACCAUUGAAGGUAGUCGCCGUCACCGCCGCAUCACCAACAAACUACAAAAUCGUGAUAUCUCAAAAGAAUACAGUGAGGGCAUUCUUAGAAGCCGAGACAAAAUCAUUACGCCUCCACUUCGGCCUCGACGCUCACAACCCUUCUACCGUCCACCGCCUGACUCCCCUCGAGACCCUCUCUGGAAAUUGUACCAUAGCACUACUACGCAGCAAGGAAACGGCCAGGAUUCAGAUGACCCUCAGCCCUGGUACAGAGAUCGCAAUACCCCAUUCAAGAUGUACGCCCGCAAUGUUGCAAAGCUCCAAGCAGAUUAUGGGUUUCGGCAGGAUGGAUCAAAAGCGGACCCGAUUCCCGUGGACGAAAAUGGAGUUGUUCGUCCGCCUCCCUUAGGGAAUCCACGGGGCAUGGACUCUAUGGGAUGGAAGUUUUGA